AUGGCGGACGGCGCGGAAGAAACACCAGCCCAGCGGCAGGCGCGCAUUCGGCGACAGAAGCGUGAAGCCAAGAUCACGAGCACUGCGGCUGAAAGACUGGAUAAGAUUACGAGGCUCAGUGGGAGGACGCCGGAGAGUAUGCGAAAUGAGUCGCCGGCCUCAACACCGCCUGCCACGUCCACUCCACCGCCGCAGACAGCGCCGCCGCUGGCAGCUGCGACUUCGUCACUGACACCGGACCAGGUGAAUGCGCAGGAGGAGUAUUUGAGAUCUAUAUUGAGACAGCCCCUGCCACAAGAAGGACAAGGUCAGACACAGCAGGAAGACCCGAUGUUGAAGAUGUUGCAAGCCAUGAUGGGAGGAAUGGACGGUACCUCCGAUCCAAGUGCGCCGGACGGCAUGGGUGCAAUGCCCGGCCUAUCUCCCGACGACAUCUCAAAGGCAACAGGUCUUCCUCCCUUUUUGACGAACAUGGUAAUGGGCAACCAGAAGGCUCCACCUAGCCCGGCCGAGAUACAAGCGACGCGCAUCUGGAAGCUUGUGCAUGUGGUCUUCGCGAUACUGGCAGGGCUGUACUUGGUGUUCAACAUCCACAAAUCCAUGCAGACGUAUGGUGAGAACCCGCCGGCUCCCGCAACAUUCCAGAACCCGUUUAUUGUGUUCUUGACCGGGGAACUAUUGCUGCAGAGCGCACGGGUCUUGACCAAAGGCGGGUCGGGCAAAAGCGGGAUAGGGCUAUGGAUUCAGAUGGGCAAGGAACUAUUCGGAGAUGGCAUGAUUAUGGUCUUCGGCCUGGGACUAGCGGCCUGGAUCAAAGGAAGAGUCUGA